GUGUGUGUGUGUGUGUGUGUUUACACAGACGGGAAUACUGCUCCAGAGGAAGUGCGCUCGUUCUCCGUCUGCGCGUCCCGACUUCCUGCUCUGAGGCAGGAGAGAGAAAAGCUGCGGAUCCGCUUUCAGACAGCGGGGCAGCAGCAGCAGCAACAGCAGCAGCAGCAUGGAGCCCCGACACAACACACACGCUCCGCUUUAAGAACCUAACCUCCCACGACACGCGCGGACAGACGCACAAGAGAGAGGAACCGAAGCCGUCCACAGCUGUGUGGGACCCCAGUGUCUGUGCCGUCAUGGAGAGCUCCAUCACGCUCUGGCAGUUCCUGCUCCAGCUGCUGCUCGACCAGAGCCACAAACAUCUCAUCUGCUGGACAUCCAACGAUGGCCAGUUCAAACUGCUGAAGUCGGAGGAGGUGGCCAAGCUGUGGGGUCUGCGCAAGAACAAGACCAACAUGAACUACGACAAGCUGAGCAGAGCGCUGCGUUACUACUAUGAUAAAAACAUCAUCAAGAAGGUGAUUGGCCAAAAGUUUGUCUACAAGUUCGUGUCGUUCCCCGACAUCCUGAAGAUGGACCCUGCAAUGGUGGAGUCGGGUCGCGGCGGCGAGGAGUUUGGGGGGGGCACGUCAGAACCUGAAGCUGAAGAGGAGGAUCAGGGCGACAGAAACCAGUAUCUCCACUCCAACUUAUACGCCUCGUUCCCAUUCAGCUCUCCGCAACACGCCCUAGAGUCGCACAGGCCAAUCAAAAAGGAACCCAGAUGCGAGGAAAGCUCCUCCGUCAUCCGAUUCGUGACCAACAGUGGUCACUCGUCCCUUCCUCCUACCCCACCCCCGUCCACCACCGACAGCCCAAAUUCCUCUGUGCUGUCUCCUUGGCUGGCUGGCUCUUCCUCCCCAUCUCAAAGCCCCGCCCACAUACGGGUGAGAGGGCAGAACCUUAGCAUAGAUACUGAGGAUGCUGAAUGUAACCCUCAACCUUUAAACUUGUCAUCUGGCCAGAGGGAAAGGGAGAAGUUACAGUGCAUGCCAACCCCAGAGAGGAGGGGGUUGGCCAACAGUAACCCUUUGAAAGGCAGAAAACCCAAAGGCCUGGAAAUCUCUGCCCCCCCUCUUCUCCUGACAGGAAGUGACCUCGUCUCCAUUGCCCUCAACAGCCCGGCGCUGCCCUCUGGGUCUCUUACCCCUGCCUUUCUGACUGCACAGACUCCAUCUGGCCUGUUGCUAUCUCCCAAUCCUUUGCUGUCCAAUAUCCAUUUCUGGUCCGGUCUGAGUCCGGUGGGACCUCUGAGCCCAGCCCAACUGCAGAGCCAUGCCCAACUCUUCCAGUUCCCCACACUGCUGAAUGGACCCCUUCCUAUUCCUCCCUCCAACGCGGAGGCUCCCUCUCCUCUGCUGCGCUCCUCCAGCUCCCACAAGUCCUGAUGCCAGCAGGAGCUCAGUUAGCAAACGUGUCCUAGAGGCGCUGCGGAAGGCCAGAUCGUCAUCAACAAAAGGACCAGACAAUCCCUGAACUUGGAUGGAGCUUAACCUGACAGAGUACUUGUAUCUGGAACUUACCUUUAUCCUAGAAGAAACUGGGGCUUCACUCUGAGGAUUUGCUCUCCAGGAAGAGCACAGACUACUUUUUUUUUUUUUUUUUUUUUAGUAUGUUUACUUCAGGGCCACCAUCAUACUUGUGGUAAAUCAUCUGACGUGGGGUCAGACUGUGCCGCAGCUCUCAUCUCAUUCGAUUGCCAGUCACAACCAGAUGUGGUAAAUUUCUAAAUGAAAGGAAAAAUGUCCUUUUUCUUUAGCCAUUAUUCUCUUUAGCGGUCUUGAGUAAUCCCAGCAUCAGUUCUUCUGCCUCAGGACAAGACUUGACGAAUUUCAUGAAGAUUUAUGAACUAAAAACAGGAAGCGUUACAGUUUAGAAGUUAAACUGUGGAAACUUUCCUUCACCCUUUUAGACUGGAUGCAGCCCGAGUGGCUUUGCCCACAUCUAGAUGACAUAUUAGGGUGAUAACCGGCACAUUCACCAUGCGUUUGUUGCCUUACAAGAUUAUUAGCACUACCAAGAAUACGGUUUGAGGUGCUCGUUGAUAGAAUUGCCUUUGAGCAAGCUCAUAUUUUUGUCAAUCUUAAAAAUAAGCUAAUUAUCUUCCUGUACCUUACCUUUAGUAAUGUUUUUGAACAAAAAAUUAGAUGUUUAAAAAAACAUUUAUGAUGCAAGAUAACCAGAAAAAAAACACCACAUCAUGCAGUUCCUGUCACUUUUAGCCAAUCAGAAUCCAGGAAAGGGAAACUGCUUGUUUAAAAAAAAUCCUAAAGGCUCAAGAUUAUCAUUCAUCGAACGCUGGGGCAAAAUUAACAAACUGGGACCUUAAACGACUCCUAGCAAAGCAUCUGCUAGCCGGAGUUAAAAUACAGUGCAUAUUUUCUUUAUGCACAGUUUUCUAUACUUUUUAUCAUUACUUUGCACUGUACUGUACUGUACUUUUAAGCCCUCUCCUUGCUGUACCUUUUACUAUGUGAGAUUUCCAUAGAGCUUUAUAUAUUCUUGGUCUAAACUGCAAAAAAUGGCUUUUUUUGUAACUGUUAAAUUGUUCCUGGUUAUUUGUUAGGAAAACAAUUCUCGAUCGUCAGUGUUCAUUUGUUUCUCAUGUUGAUGUUUUUAAAUAAAUUACCCUUCUUUUUUU